AGGUGAUGUUAUGUGAUCUCUAUUCAUUACAGGAAAGGCGACAUGCCACCAAACGCCGUAGGACUGCCGCACACGUUACCAAAGGUGCCUGUCCAUAGCGAUCUGCUAAAGGAGAACAACAUGGAGGACAAGUCAUCCAAGCAGACGGGUGUGCUCUUUGAGGGCGAUGUGGAGACAGCCGAUACUUUCCAGUUUAAGAAGGCCGAGAGCCGCCAGUUGCAGUGGGUCUGGCGUAAUAUUCUGCUGUUUGCAUAUGUGCAUUUCGCUGCCCUAUAUGGUGGCUACUUGAUGCUCACCCAGGCCAAGGCUGCCACCGUGCUGUUCGCUGCCGCUCUAUAUGUUUGUGGCAUGUUGGGCAUCACGGGUGGCGCACAUCGUCUCUGGGCCCAUCGUUCCUACAAGGCCAAGUGGCCGCUGCGCCUAAUAUUGAUCACCUUCAAUACGAUUGCCUUCCAAGACGCCGCCUAUCACUGGGCGCGCGAUCAUCGUGUGCACCACAAGUUCUCGGAGACGGAUGCCGAUCCGCAUAAUGCCACACGUGGCUUUUUCUUCUCGCAUGUUGGUUGGUUGCUCUGCAAGAAGCAUCCCGAUGUGGUGGCCAAGGGCAAAGGCCUGGACCUGUCCGACUUGCGUGCCGAUCGUAUUUUGAUGUUCCAAAGGAAGCACUACUAUGUCCUGAUGCCAUUGGCCUGCUUAAUUUUGCCAACUGUCAUACCAUUUUUCUUUUGGAAUGAAUCGCUGUUGUGCUCCUGGUUCGUGGCCACCAUGUUCCGUUGGUGUUUGCAGCUGAAUAUGACUUGGCUGGUCAACAGUGCAGCACACAAAUUUGGUGGUCGUCCCUAUGACAAAACCAUCAAUCCAUCGCAGAAUGCCGCGGUGUCGGCUGUCACCUUUGGCGAGGGCUGGCACAAUUAUCAUCAUGUCUUCCCCUGGGACUACAAAACUGCUGAAUGGGGCAACUACAACCUGAACAUGACUACAGCAUUUAUUGAUAUGUUUGCCAAGAUCGGUUGGGCCUAUGAUCUGAAAUCCGUCGCUCCGGACACCGUUGAGAGGCGUGUUAAGCGCACGGGCGACGGCACCCACGAGCUGUGGGGCUGGGGUGACAAGGAUCUCACCGCGGAGGAUGCCAAAGAUGUACUAUUUCUUGAUAAGAAGUCGGAGUGAGCUCCACAACUACUGUUCCCCCUAAUCAUUAACAGUUAACAAUUUAAUUGGCCAUUUAUAGAUGGUGUGUGAUAAUGUCAGUUAUUGAGCGAUUAUACUAAAUAUAAAUGAUUUUGUUUAUCAAA